AUGGGCCAAACCUCAACAGAAGGUAAUCUUGAUGAGACAACCUUAGCACGCCUCAUCGAGAUGCUUGAUGAGAAUAACUGUUUAGCCAAGCUUUUCCGACGGGCACGUGACUACUACGAAGGCAGCGGGCAAGAGUUUAAUAUAAGAUUGCUCUCAGAUAAAGGGAAAGGUAAAGAAUACGAUCUCCCAAGUACGAGUGAGGUCGCAGGCCUUAUCGUAGGGGAUAUGUCAUCAACAAUUGGAGUACGAGAUAUAGUGGUUCAAUUCCAAUCUGACACUUUGCAGCAGAUCCGUGACGACCACCCUCUGUACAUGAGCCUCCAAUAUCCUCUUCUCUUUCCACAUGGGGGCCGUCUCCUCCAUCAAUAUGUUGUUGACGUUUAUACGGCAAUCGAAGAAGAUCGGUUAAGGUGGGCCAGAAAUAAUCAAGAUGUUUUGCGAGCCGAGCUCUACAGUAAUGUACUCGAUGCUGUUAGCAAGGGUGACACUGAUGCUAAAAUUAUUGGACAAAGGUUCAUACUGCCGCCAAGUUUCACCGGCAGGCCUCGAUACUUAGUUGAGAAAUACCAUGACGCGAUGGCUAUCUGCAGAGAAUAUGGGAACCCGGAUUUGUUUAUCACAAUGACGGCCAAUCCUAACUGGAAAGAGAUUAAAGAACAUCUUGAGAUAUACGGUGGAGACUCCCCCAAUGAUAGACCAGACAUUGAAUGUCGUGUCUUUAAGAUGAAGUUAGAUCAGCUACUGAAGGAUUUCAAAAAAGGAACUUUCUUCAAGCCAUACACUGCAGCUCUCCCCAGAAUAGAGUUUCAAAAAAGAGGCCUCCCUCAUGCACAUAUAUUAUUGUGGUUUGGAAACUCAUCCAGAACACCAAGUUCGGAAGAGGUAGAUGAGAUUAUUUCAGCCGAGCUCCCAAACAAAGAAGAAGACCCAGAAGCUUAUAAUUUAGUGACAAAACACAUGAUCCAUGGUCCAUGUGGUGUCAUUAAUCCGAAGUCACCGUGUAUGGAAAAUAAUGCGUGCACAAAGAAGUAUCCUCGGCCUUAUAAUGACAGUACUUCGAUUGACAAAUCAGGGUACGUGUUAUAUCGUCGCCGCCGAAAUGAAAAUGAGUCCGUGGUUAAAAAUGGGGCAACCCUAAACAACACAUUUGUUGUACCUCAUAACAUUAACCUCUUAAAGAAGUACGAAGCUCAUAUCAAUGUGGAAUGGUGUAAUCGUACAAGCGCAGUGAAGUACUUAUUCAAGUACAUAACCAAGGGUGUUGACAGAGCAUCCGCAGUUAUUGAAAAAGGAAAUACGGCAACUACCUCUGACACAGUUGAACCAAAGGAAAAAGUGAUUAAGCAACGGAAUGAGAUCCAAGAAUACAUCAAAGCCCGGUCUUUGUCAGCUUGUGAUUCCAUGUGGCGGACUUUCGCAUUUCACAUACACAAAAGAAAGCCGUCCGUUGAGAAGCUUAUCAUUCACUUAGAAGGCGAGCAUAACAUCACCAUUAAAGAAAAUGAUAACCUCGGCCGCGUAAUCCGCAAACCAGGUAUUGAGAAGACAAUGUUUACUGAAUGGAUGGUAUUAUGCAGAAGGUCAGCAUUUGCACGGACAUUAACUUAUGUGCAAAUACCAGAAUAUUUCGUCUGGAACAACAAUUCCAAAGUCUGGUCUGAACGUAAGAAAGGGAAAACCAUUGGGCGAAUUGUGGCUGUCCAUCCAUCAGCAGGUGAUCGAUACUAUCUGAGGAUCCUCAUCAAUAAGAUUAAAGGUCCUAGAAGUUAUGACGAGCUGAAAACUUUCAACGAUAUGAAAUACCCAGACUUCAAAUCGGUUUGCCACGCACGAGGCUAUUUGGACGAUGAUGUUGAAUGGCUCGAGAGUAUGUCAGAGGGUGCUAGAACAGCCACCCCAUACCAACUCCGUGAUAUGUUUGUCACCUUUCUAAACACUUGCUUCGUUGCAAGCCCCAAAAGACUAUGGGAGCACUCAUGGAAAUCAAUGAGCGAGGAUAUACUCCACAAGAGGCAAAGGAUCUUAGGCCACACAAAUCUGGAGCUGGACGAUGAGACCCUUGAGCAAUACACGUUAAUCGAAGUGGAAAAGUUGAUGCGCAUGCAAGACCGUUCUUUAAACGAUAUUAAAGAGAUGCCUAAGAUCAAACAUGUUUUGCUAAAAGAAUUGGGGAACAGUUUGUGGAACCAAGAAAUGGAUUACAAUGUUGCCGAAGAAACGAUCAGACAUGACAGUCAGUACAACUUGCUUAACGCCGAGCAGCGUGCGAUUUACGAAUCAGUCAUAGACUCUGUUGACAAAAAGGAUGGAAAACUAUUCUUUGUACAUGGCGCAGGGGGCACAGGAAAAACAUUCCUCUAUCAAACCAUCAUAUCCAGACUUCGCUCAAUGAAACAAAUCGUUCUCCCGGUUGCUUCUUCAGGAAUAUCCGCAUUGCUACUACCAAACGGAAGAACAGCUCAUUCACGCUUUAAUAUUCCUUUGAAGCUCGACGAAGAUAAGCUCUGCAACAUCAAACCAGGUACGAUGCUCGCUGAACUCAUUGAGAAAACGGACCUCAUAAUCUCGGAUGAGGCACUUAUGACGCACAAACAUGCCUUCGAAGCACUUGACAAAACUUUGAAGGGCAUAAUGUCUAUGAAAAACCCACACGCAAAGGAUCAAACUUUCGGCGGAAAAACGGUUUUUUUAGGUGGUGAUUUUAGACAAAUCCUUCCGGUAGUUCCACAAGGGAGUCGAGCUGAUACCGUCUUAGCUUCGAUAUGUCAUUCAUAUCUAUGGAAUUUCUGCCACAAGUUCCCUUUGAAUACAAAUAUGCGAGUCAACCAGGACGAAAAAGAGUUCUCCGAUUGGCUUCUCAAAGUCGGUGAAGGUCGUCCAGAAUCAGAACAGGGAGACGAGGACGAUGGCUACCAUGACCAAAUGGUAAAUAUCGAUCCAACAUUGCUCAAAGAGACUAAAGAAGAGUCACUAAAGCAAGUUGUCGAUGCAGCGUAUGGUGAUACCAAACAAAUAGAGGCCUCCCAAAGUUCCUACACCGAUAAAGCUAUCCUAACACCCCGAAAUGAUACAGUCGAUGAAAUCAAUGCGUAUACAAUCUCCAAAACCACUGGAGAGUCAAAAGACUACUACAGUUACGAUAGCUUUGAGGUUUCGGAAACUCAAUCUAACCAAAAUGAUACACUAUACGCCAUUGAGUAUCUCAACUCGAUGGAGUUUCCAGGAUUGCCUUCCCAUAAACUCAAUCUCAAAGUUGGAGCCCCGAUUAUGCUUCUGCGAAACAUAAACCAAACAAAGGGAUUAUGUAAUGGUACCCGUAUGAUCCUAACCCACAUAGGCGAAAGAGUGCUUAAAGCAUAUAUAAUUACUGGUUCCCACAUUGGAAAUGAAGUUUUGAUCCCACGAGUAGUCCUCUUGCAUGGGGAUACACAGCUACCCUUCACUUUACGUCGACGCCAGUUCCCUAUCAGAUUGUGUUAUGCGAUGACAAUCAACAAAAGCCAGGGCCAAAGCUUAAAAGAGGUUAUCCUAUACCUUCCUAGACCGGUCUUCUCGCAUGGUCAACUCUACGUGGCCCUCUCACGUGUAACAAGCAAAGCAGGACUAAAAAUCAUCAAAGGCGAAGACUCACACAAACAAAAAGUGAAGAACAUAGUCUACAAAGAAAUCUUCAACCGCCUUCAUCCACAUGAGAGUAAGUAA